GUAUUUUCCAUAGACGUUCUCUUUCGGUUAGGUUCACUCUGCUAGUGCUUCCCUCCUAAAUCCAGGUUCCUUUCCUCCUUUCUUUCAAUCUCCAAUUUUUCUGGGGUUUUCAUCACUCAAUUAGAACGAGCUUCAAUAUUUCCCCCUUAUUUCGGUUAUCAAAUUUGACUAGAUUUAAUUUCCUCCUCGAUUUUCUCUGCAAAUAACAUCAAUUAUUUGGUUGUUUCAGAAAACAACCCCAAAUUCGAGUUCCUCAAUUUCAACAUUCUUCUCUUCCGCCUGGUUUUGUUUCAAGUAAUGCAACAUGAAUAACCCAAUUAUUGAUCCAUUGCAAGGGGAUUUCCCAGAAGUGAUAGAAGAGUAUUUGGAACAUGGUGUUAUGAAAUGCAUUGCCUUCAAUCGUCGAGGCACCCUUCUUGCUGCUGGCUGCUCCAAUGGAAGCUGUGUCAUAUGGGACUUUGAAACUCGGGGGAUUGCGAAAGAGCUCCAAGAUAAAGAUUGUAAUGCUGCCAUUACAAGUGUCAGUUGGUCAAAGUGUGGCCAUCGCAUAUUAGCUUCUUCUGCUAACAGAACAUUGAUUCUCUGGGAUGUAGCUACUGGAGAGAAAGUUGCCCAAACAGCAUUGGAAAAAGCUCCUUUGCAAGCCCGUCUUUAUCCUGGAUCUUCUACUCCAUCUAAGUGCUUGGUGUGCCCUGUCUAUUCGCCUCCUUUGAUUAUUGAAAUGAAAGCUGGAAUAAUCACUGCUUUGCCUGCAUCAGUUUCAGAUGGGGGAGAUGGGCUUUCUGUUCCUUCCCGAAACAAAGUCUUUGAUGAAACUACUCCUCACAUUCCUGCGUGCUUUAACAAGCAUGGGGAUCUCGUUUAUUUGGGAAAUUCUAAGGGGGAGAUCCUCAUAGUUGCUCACGAUAAGGCUCAAGUACGUGCCCUUAUUCCUCCAGCUGUGGGUGCUGUGAUCAAGAACAUUGUAUUUAGUAGGAAUGGACAAUAUCUUCUCACGAAUUCUAGUGAUCGGAUUAUUAGGGUUUAUGAAAAUAUGCUACCUACAAAGGAUGGUCUGAAAGCACUUGAUGAGAUGGAUGAAACUUUGAAUGAUCUUGGUUGGGUUGAGAAGUUGAAGGCAAUUGGAUCUAAGAGUUUAGUCCUAUACCGAGAGUUUCAAGACUCUGUAACCAGAAUCCACUGGAAGGCUCCCGGUUUUAGUGGUGAUGGUGAAUGGGUUAUUGGUGGCUCUGCUAGCAAAGGAGAGCAUAAGAUAUACAUAUGGGACCGGGCAGGACAUCUUGUGAAAUUCCUUGAAGGUCCAAAAGAAGCUUUGAUUGAUUUGGCUUGGCAUCCGGUUCACCCUAUUGUUGUCUCAGUGUCCUACACUGGCUCAAUCUUCAUAUGGGCUAAAGACUACACUGAGAACUGGAGCGCUUUUGCCCCUGAUUUUAAAGAGCUUGAAGAAAAUGAAGAAUAUGUAGAAAGAGAAGAUGAAUUUGAUAUCAUGCCUGAAACUGAAAAGGUUAAAGAAUCAGAGGCUAACCAGGACGAAGAGGUUGAUAUUAUAACAGUGGAGCAUGAUUCAACUUUCAGUGAUUCGGAUUUGUCGCAGGAAGAACUUUGCUUCUUGCCUGCAACCCCUUGUCCUGACGCUCCUGAGCAACAGGAUAAAGGUGUUGGAAAUUCACUGAAAUUGGUAGAAAAUAGUCUCUCAGCGUCUCCUUUAUCAGCAGAUGCAGCACAAAAUGGGCUAGCUAUGAACCACGAGUCAGGUCAUGUUGAAGGUAUAGACAAUUCUCCUGCAGAAGACACAAGUGGACGUUUGAAAAGGAAGCGGAAACCCUCUGAGAAGGUCUUGGAGUCACAGGCAGAGAUGGUGAAGAAACCUGUGAAGAAGGCAAAGCCUUCAGCUAAAGCAUUGAAACCCAAAGAUAAAGUUGUAGUUGAUGAAGAUAUUGGUGUAUCUGUAUCUGUAGAUGAGGUUUCCGAUGAUUAUUAUAGAUAAUCGAUUUCUUUAAUGUACACGUAGGCUCCUUCGUUUUUUCCUCAGUAAGCAGGAAGUUGGGACUGUAAUGGUGUGAAGGAGACAAAAUUGUUGACAAAUGCAGCCUAUUUGUACAGGGUAUUUCGCUCUAGUUCCAUCUGUGCUGGGAGAUGAAAGUUAGAGUCCAGUGUAGGAGUUAAGGUAGUGUUUUUUUAGUUAGGUGAUAGUAGCUGUAGACAGCCAUUAAUUAUUCAAGAUUUUGCCGUAAUUUUUUGUACUC